AUGAUAGGAAUAGGUGCCUCAGGGACUAGAAAAGCAGGGGAAGCAAGCAAAUUGAAGCUGCUUUUCCUAGCCCAUGGACCAAGGCCCCCUUUCUCCCCCCCGGGUACGGAGUACAUCUUUCUAGGUUCUAAACAAGGCCACCACGCAUUCGAUCUGAUUCAAACCCGGGUCCUGUUUGCUUGGCUUUCCCCUCCCCAGACAAAACAUUUACCGCAACCGACUCAGUCCAUCAGGGGAUUGUCGAUAAUCGGACAGCGCGUAACAGCCGACGACCGACCAACGCGCAACUUCUCUAAGACCCGGUCUGCAUCCAACUCCCUAUCUAUUCGUACUCUACGUAUACAUACACGAAUGACUAUCUUGCCCACCCCUCCCUCAUCCCUUCCAUUGCGUCGGCCCAGGGGAGUAAGCGUCUACUUUCUUGCGCCAGAUCACGUAUUCUCCCAAGCAACCAUCCAAUCUCAUUCGCACCCGCAUCGCAUCACGUCUUUCUGUCCGCAUCUACAACAGCAAAUCAUCACUGGGCAGCAACCCCGGACCUUUUCUACCCUCGAGAAUCCGGCCCAUCACUUCCCGGCCUGUCUCGCUCACCCAUCUCACCCAUUGUCAUUUUCCGACCGCGUGCUUGAAGGUAUCCGCCUAUCGCCAAAUUCCACCGGGCCUAUAAUCCGCCUAUCCUCAACGACAUCGACGCACCUCAGCCAACUAAGUGCAUUACAGCCACCGUCCUGCAAAUCUGCGUCGCUUGACGUCUCACUCACCCACAUCCCGCUACCCGUUGCAGUCAAGUUCCUAUCCGUAUCUUUUGACGCUAUCGCCUCAUCUCCCGUCUUCACCCUCACUUCCAACCAAACUUCCAACUGUCGCCUUACGUUUUCAUCUCCCGUCGGCUAUUUCCUUCCGACCCUUUACAACCCCUCUCCCGUUGCAUCGCAUCCCACACAGGCACACACAAAUCUCGACAGCACCUCACCUCACAGGCUCACAGGCCAUAGCGCCGGCAUAACACACCCAAGUUCACACCCCUGGUCGGACUGUCGCCGCAUUUCAUUUCCAUUCAAGAUUCUCCAUCUCCUUCAAUGCGAAAACCCAGUCUUGCUUGGAACGGUCGCACCCUCGUGCUCAAGUAAUCUCGAUUUUCUGCCCGACCGAUCUCGAGAGCUCGCGCCCCGUGUCUCCAACUUUGGAUGA